AUGGAGAACUCAACAGCUGCGCCACCGGCGCCCAUCUCUUAUGCGGCCAUGCUUAAGAGAACCUCUCCCGGCCCGGCAGCGCGCCCCUCUCUCCCCCCCUCUCCCCCCCUCUCUCCUCCUUCUUCCCCACCUUCUUCUCUCUCUCCUCUCGCCCGGGAAUCCAUCCCCUCAUUUUCGUCUCCUCCCACCGCCUCUCCAUCCCCCCCUCCAUCCCCCCAACCUUCCCCUUCAUCUCCUGGCAACGACAACACCGCUGCCAAAGAGCCUCACUGGGCAUUUCCAGGAAGGCUCGCAUGGCUGGACUUCGGCAAGAUCGGGCCCAGCUCGAUCAUUCGCCAACGUCUCCGAUGCCAGGAGCGCGUGGACGGUUUUGAGGGCCAUCCGGUCCUCAUCUGGGGUGGCCCCGACGAAGAUGGGAUCGUACGGAUCAUUCCCAUCACCUCGUUCGGCGGACAGCGGGCCGAACAGAAGUGGGAGAAGAUGAGGGAAGGCCUGGCGAAAAAGGAAAAGCUGCAGCAGCUGCUUUUGCUUGGGAACGGCGAGGAGGAGCCGCACUUGGGCACGGAGACGCUUCUCUUCGAGAGGCCUAUCCAGCUCCGCAAGAGGUCGUACUUGCACAUCCAGCAAGGCGCCUUCAAGCUCGAGGUUGACUGCCUCCAGCCGUACACCGUGGGCGGCGAGUCCGACAUCAUUCUCGCCGAGUCCGCGAUGCGGUACAUCUUUGAGCAGCUGACCCGUUGGGUCUGGUCUGCUCUCUGGAGGCGCUGA